AUGGGAUUAGAGCCUUUAAAUACAAGAGGAUUAGGUUUAGGGUCAAAGGAAGUCAAGGGGGAAGCAACAUUUUUCGGGUUUGACUUUGACUUCCAGCUCGAUCGAGUUGAAGCUUGGCCGGUCGAGUUGAGGAACUCGACCGGUUGGUCGAGUGGACGGUCGAGCUGGUCUUCAAGAUGGCUUCUCCCUUCUUCCUUUGCGUAUCCAGUUGAGCUGCUUCCAUGUGCCAAGUCCCUCCAUGCUCCUCAUGUCCCAUAUGCUCCAGAAUGCUCCAAAAGACCUAUUUCAAAGGACCAAACAUGCAUAUUACAUCAAUGCCUCGCCAAUGUACUCAAUCCAAGGGCCAUCACCGGAAACGUCAACAAGGGCGAGCUGAGCAUGAUCGAUGUAGCGCUCACAGGGAUCUUGAAGAGGUUAAACAACGGAGAGAAGCUGAAGGGGAGUGCCACAAACGGCGGGAUCACACGUGCUCUCAUCGAGCAGCUCGUCUCCUACAAGAAAUGGGCCACCACUAAUGCCCGCAGGAGCGAAGACUGCGAGCUACGGAUGGGUGGACUCGUCACACCACUACUGCACUCAAUCGGAUUCGUUCCCAAUGCGACAGAUGAAGUUGCAGAGCCCGAAUCGAUCGAUCUCCGAUACCUGAACAACUGCAACUAUUUGCAGAAGACACCCGACGGCGGCAAGCUCAUAUAUCAGUUCAACCACCUGCAGUUCGGGAACUCUCGGAUGCCUCUACCCAACCCGGUUUGGACUGCGAUCAGAGGCGGCUCCAACGUCAACUUCGACCCGCCAGAGUCAGCACUUCUACAGCGCUUGACCACUCCAGCCCCAUCAGCGACCGCCGAUCACACGACUCCGCCAACUACCCGAACUCGCGGCGCACCAUCUCGAGCAGACUCGACUGAACCGAUGGAGGAGUUCGAACAGUAUCACUUCACGGAGUUCAUGGGAUCGAGGCAGAGCGUUGGACUAAUUGCCGCACACGAGCGCAUAGGACUGCUCCAGCGAUGGAACAAAGCUCAGGACAAGGUUAUCAACACGUUCAAGAAGAAGUUCCACAAGAUGGGCGACCAAAUCCGAGCGAUGCAGGACAAGAUCAGCUGCACCUCGACCUCUGGAGGAGCUCGGAGAAACACGCCACCGACCGAGCCGCAGCCGAUCGAUCUAUCCGACGAAGAGAUCGAUCCCGUUUCCCCCGGCCCUCGCCGACACGCUACCGAGCCGCCGCGAUUCUCUUCCUACGAGUCGCGCGAGAGGAAGCGACGCACACACGAGCAUCAGACGGCCGGGCAGUCAGAGACACGCACGGACGCUGACCGCCUGUUCCGGCGAUCCUCCUCCGUCCCACGCCCGACCACCCACGACGAUUACAUGGCGAUGCCAUCGAGUGUUGCGGCUGACGAUUACGCGCCACACACCACCGCGCCCAACUACACAGAGAUGCACUCGAGUCCCACUGAGCACCACGUCCCGCACACGACCGCACCAGCUGGCUCCUCCACAAUUCCACCAUACACUCGGGAGUCAAUGCAGGAAGCGACCGACUCACUUUUCCAGUUCCCUUACUGA